AUGCAACUACCGCUCUUGUCGUGCGGCCUCUGGGGCCUGCUGGCCGCUACCCAGGCGGCUGCCACCGCCCUGACAUACAAGAUCAACGCGAACGAGGAAGCAUGCUUCUACACGGCGACGCAGAAGAGCAACGAGAAGAUUGCCUUUUACUUCGCAGUGCAAUCUGGUGGCUCGUUCGACAUCAACUAUCGCGUGACCGGACCUAACGACAAAUACAUCAUGGACGGUGAGAAGGAACGGCAGGGCGACUUUGUCUUUACGGCGCAGGAGGCGGGUGAGUACAAGUUCUGCUUCAACAACGAGAUGAGCACCUACACGGAGAAGUUUGUCGACUUUGAGAUUUCGGUCGAGAACGAAGCCCGCGUCAGCCUCCCCUCGAAGCAGGGCGCCUCCCCGGAACAGACCUCCAGCCUGGAGGAAUCAUUGUUCAAGAUCUCGGGCCAGAUGUCGACCAUCACCCGCAACCAGAAAUACUUCCGCACGCGCGAGAACCGCAACUUCAGCACGGUGCGCAGCACAGAAGGGAGGAUCGUCAACUUCAGCUUGAUCCAGAUCGCGCUGGUCGUCUGCAUGGGCGCUCUGCAGGUCUUUAUCGUCCGGUUCUUCUUCCAGGGCGCGCGGAAGGGUUACGUAUGA